AUUCUAAUUUUAUUAUUAUUAUUAUUAUCAUUUUUAAUUUUUAAUUUUCGCCUUCCCUAAAAAUCAAAAUUAUGUUCGGCGAACGACUGAAAUUAUCGGUAAUUUCUUCUCCUUCUCGCCGCCGAUUAACCUUCAAAUCUAACCCGAAAACCACGAUCCAACCCGUACCCGAAUUAAGCUAAAUUAUCAUCUUCUUUUUUACAAAACCCUAAUUAGUACUUUUUUAUCUAUUUUUUACUCUUAUGUACUCUGAGAUUCACGAAAUCAAAGUCGUUUUGUCUUUGUUUUUCUCGAGCUCAUAAAGUACACGUGGCGAUCUGGGUAUUACGUUGCUUCACUCACAUGUUUACUGUUCAAAUCUAAGUGAAGUAAAUAAGACGAUUAUUGUGGUUAUGCAUGAGAAUUGGAUGCCUUGUACUGUCACACAUGCUUUGACAAUUGUAAAAUUCGCAUCACGGUUUUGGCUUCCUAAGUGAGCUGAAUUUCUACAUGGAAGCCAGCGUACAGGAAGCCCUUAGGGCAAGAGAGAUUGCUGAGAAAAGAUUUGUGGAAAAAGACUUUGCAUCUGCGAAGAACUAUGCUUUAAAGGCGAAAUCACUAUGUCCCGGACUGGAGGGUAUAUCUCAGAUGGUUGCAACUUUUGAAGUUUAUAUUGCAUCUCAGGUUGCAUGUAAUGGUGGAAUUGAUUACUAUUCAGUUCUGGGGUUAAAACCUUCUGCAGACAGAGAUGCGGUGAAAAAGCAGUACAGGAAGAUGGCUGUGUUGCUUCACCCUGAUAAGAAUAAAACAGUGGGAGCCGAUGGGGCAUUUAAACUUUUAUCUGAAGCAUGGACCAUGUUGUCAGAUAAUCUCAAGAGAAAGUCUUAUGAUCAAAAAAGAAACAAACAGAUGACGUCAUGUGUUGUGCAGACAAACUUAUCUUCAGUUCAUACUGCCGGCGUUACAGGAUACACCAACUGUUCCAAUCCAUCAAACUCCCGUCGACUUGAUACUUUUUGGACGGUGUGCACUUCUUGUAAAGUUCAGUAUGAGUAUCUGCGGAAGUAUGUGAAUAAGACUCUUUCAUGUAAAAACUGCCGAGGUACUUUUGUUGCUGUGGAAACUGGGACCGCUCCCGUGAAUGGUUCUUUUCCUUAUUGUCCUUGGUCGUAUGUUCCCGGCAGCGGCUAUGGUACUCAUGGAUAUGAUGGAGUUACAUAUGUCCCGAACACCGCUCCUGUAUAUACGGGAAAUGGGGUCUCCGGAAUACACACUGGACACGGGUACGAGUAUGUUUCAAAUGUCUCAUUUCAGUGGAGUUCAUUCUCUGGGACUUCUGCUGGAGUUGUGGGCCACAAUUCAUCAUCUUCUGUUUCCAGUGAUGCAGCUUAUCAGGUUAAUAAUGGACAUGCUACUGGAGCAAGAGCUACUGUUAAAUCAGCCGCUGAUGGAAAGCGUGCGCCGAAAAUUGCCACGACUAACCUUAACUUUAGUGUUGCUUCUAGCUAUAUCGACUCUUCAGUUUCCAAGGCUUGCAGACCUGAUAAGAAAAGGAAGGUCAUCGGAUCCGGCAAUGGGUAUGAAGAGAAGGUUGUCAUAAAGUCUGCUUCAGAAGUAAGAUUAGCAAAUGGAAAUGCCACCGUCGAGCCUGAUCCCAAGGUUUCAGUUCCGAUUGAACUUCCAGCAAGACGUAUCUUAACUGCACCUGCUUUUGAUGCCAGGAAGUUAUUGAUUGACAAGGCGAGGAGUGAAAUUCAGAAGAAAUUAGAAGAGAUGAGAUCUGCUGCAGCUACAGCAGCAGUUAAAGUGAAGGCACAAGAUCAUUCCACAGAGGUAGGAGCAGCUUCUAAACAUGAUAAUUCAGAUGUUUCUGGCAUUAAACCGAAGUCUGUUAAAAUUAUACCAACCGCGAUAACAGUUCCUGACCCUGAUUUCCAUGACUUUGACAAAGAUAGAUCAGAGGAAUGCUUCAAGCCAAAAGAAAUAUGGGCAAUUUACGACGAAGAUGAUGGUAUGCCACGCUUGUAUUGUCUAAUACGCCAGAUUGUCUCUGUUAAUCCCUUUAAGAUUCUCAUCACUUACUUAAACUCAAAAACUGAUACUGAAUUUGGGCAAGUGAAUUGGAUAGAUUCGGGGUUCACAAAAUCUUGUGGGCAGUUUAGAGCAUGGAAUACCGAUAUUGUUGAUCAAGUCAACAUUUUCUCUCACCUCUUGAAAGGGGAGAAAGCUGGCCGGGGAGGCUGCGUUAGAAUUUACCCCAAAAGUGGAGAUAUUUGGGCUAUAUAUCGAAAUUGGUCACGAGACUGGGAUAGAUCAACUCCAGAUUAUGUGAGGCAUCAGUAUGAGAUGGUGGAGGUUCUUGAUGAUUAUUCUGAACAACUCGGGGUAUGCGUCACUCCUCUCAUCAAGUUGGUCGGUUUCAAGACAGUAUAUCAGAGGAAUUCGAACAAGGACGCCAUUAGAUGGAUCCCGAGGAGGGAGAUGGUUCGUUUUUCUCACCAGGUGCCGUCUUGGUCACUUGAAGGAGAAGCAAGUACAAGUAACUUUCCAGGUAAGUGUUGGGAUUUGGACCCCGCCGCAACUCCAGAUGAACUGCUUCAUACUGCAACAGAAGUGAAGGCUUAGCGUAACACAGUCGAGCAAGAGAAGUAACGAUUCGUUUGGAUCAUUCUUAUAGAAAACUCUUAGGUUGACUGUAAAAUAUUCCACACUUGGUUGAAGACCAAUGCAGAAUUAACUUCAUAUGAUUUUAGAUAAUUUUACGUUAAACUCAGGAACGCCGUCAUCAUCGCCCGUCGUGCCCGAGAAAUCCGAGUCCAUUGACAAAGACAGGUUUGUGCAUCUGUUGAAGGAGCAUGUUGUUGUAACAUUUAUCGGUAGUUACAACUGUUGUUGUAAGCUUAUUGUUAUCUUUGGAGGAAAGACUUUUUUCGAUGUUAUGUACCCACAAAAUUUGAAAUGCAUUAAGCUGUUAGGUCUCUUGAUGGUGAA